AUGCCUGCAGACUCCCUAGAAGAGCUGGCUCAUCCCCAGUACUGGGACAAGCGCUAUGGCGAUACCGAUAGCGGAGACGCCAAAACCUACGACUGGCUCCGGCACUUCGACACCAUCAAACCCUUCUUGCUGAAGCAUUUGCCACCACCAGACACCGAUCCCAAAAUCCUCCACCUUGGUAGCGGCAAUAGCCCUGAGUAA